AUGGACAAGAGUUGGAUCGAUUUAACUGAUAGGUCAUCGAAUGAAUAUCUCAAUGGGCUUGAAAGUUUUUUAGAUUUUGCAUUUGACAACAGCAUGGGUGAUACAAGGAUUUAUUGUCCCUGCAAAAAAUGUUACAAUCGUUACUUUGUUACAAGGGAGGUAGCAAGAGCACAUAUAAUAGUUGAUGGGUUUUGGUCAAAGUACAAAAAUUGGACUCAUGGUCAGAGACACCAAUCAUUAUAUGUUGACAAAUAUAUGGGGAAUAGUUCUGCUUCAGUUGUGGAUGAUGAUAUAAUUGGAAUGGUACAUGAGGCAUUUGAGCAUCCAAAUUUGGAUUCUAGUAUGAGGAAUGAUGGCUCAACAGAAAAUGAAUAUGGUGAGGGGCCAAAUGAUGAGACUACAAAUUAUUUCAAAUUGCUACAAGAUGCAGAAUGUCCUUUGUAUCCGGGGUGUAAAAAUUUCACUAAAUUAUCAUUUAUUGUUCGGUUGCUACAUACAAAAGUACUUUGUGGAUGGACCGACAAGUCAGUGACAAUUUUGUUAACUCUUCUGAAAGAAGCUUUCCCCAAUGAAGUACAACUACCAGAUUCAUAUAACGAGGCUCAAAAGAUAACAGAUGACCUAGCUUUCACAUACAAUACAUGGGAUGCAUGUCCCAAUAAUUGUAUGUUAUUUAGAAAUGAGGAUGAGAAACUUGAAUCAUGUGCUAUUUGUCACGAAUCUAGAUAUAAAAAAGUUGAUGGGCAGCCUACAAAUGUUGUGAAUGGGAAUAGAAAAAUACCUGCAAAACAAGUAAGAUACUUUCCAUUGAAGCCAAGAUUGCAAAGACUUUUUAUGUCAUCAAAAACUGCUUCGCAUAUGAGAUGGCAUGCAGAAGAGCGUACUGAUGAUGGUGUGCUAAGACACCCUGCUGACUCACCUGCAUGGAAAGAAUUUGAUGCAAAGAAUCCAGAUUUUUCUAGUGAAGUUCGUAAUGUUAGGCUUGGUUUAUCAUCAGAUGGUUUCAGUCCAUUUAGAACAAUGGGCAUACCUCAUAGUACAUGGCCUGUUAUUCUCAUGCCUUAUAAUUUACCACCAUGGAUGAGCAUGAAGCAACCUUUCUAUAUUUUGUCUGUGCUUAUAGAUGGCCCGAAUGCACCUGGUAAUAAGAUUGAUGUAUAUAUGCAACCAAUGAUUGAUGAGUUAAAGGAAUUAUGGCAUGAAGGUGUAGAUACUUAUGAUGCUUCCAAGAAUCAGAUGUUUAAACUACGUGCUGCAUUACUCUGGACAAUCAGUGACUUUCCAGCAUAUGCGAAUUUGUCGGGUUGGAGCACUAAAGGUGCGAAAGCAUGUCCUUGUUGCAAUAAGGACACUAGAUCUGUUUGGUUGACUAAUGGAAGAAAGUAUUGUUACAUGGGUCACCGACGAUUUUUAUCUACAAGUCAUAGGUUUCGAAAAGAUAGAGUGUCCUUUGAUGGCACACGAGAAUGGGGACAUGCACCAUUGAAACUUUCUGGGUCUGAUGUUAAAAGACAAUUGCAAGGAGUACUGACUGAGUAUAAGAAAGAAGACAUCAGAAAAAGGAAAAGACAUGAAGUUGAGAAGAAUAAUAAUGAAUCCUACUGGAAGAAAAGAAGUAUUUUUUUCGAGUUACCGUAUUGGGACCAUAAUUUGAUUCGUCAUAAUCUCGAUGUCAUGCACAUUGAGAAGAAUUGUUCUGAAAAUAUACUAUGGACAGUGUUGGGUGUUGCUAAAAAAACCAAGGAUAACUUACAAGCUAGACGUGAUUUACAAGAAUGGGGAAUAAGGCAACCAUUGCACCCACAAGAACGUGGUUCUAAUAAGGCAUACUUACCUCCUGCAUGUUUUACUAUGAAUAGGGAAAAUAAAGAUGUGUUCCUAAAAGUAUUGAAGGAAGUAAAGGUACCAGAUGGUUAUUCUUCCAAUAUUUCUCGACGUGUACAGCUAAAGGAACGUACUAUUUUCGGUCUUAAGAGCCACGAUCAUCAUAUACUAAUGCAGCAAUUACUUCCUAUAGCAGCACGUAGAGCUUUGCCAAAGCAUGUUGUUGAAGCAUUAAUCGAGUUCACCAAUUUCUUUAGGCAACUUUGCUCAAAAGUGAACUUACCAUCUGAUUUGGAAAAAAUUCAAGAUCGAAUUGUGCAUACACUUUGCCGAAUGGAGAAGAUCUUUCCAAUGUCCUUCUUCGGUGUAAUGGAGCAUUUGCCUGUUCAUCUUGCCGAGGAAGCAUUGAUUGCUGGCGCCGUCCAAUUUCGAUGGAUGUAUCCUAUCGAGAGGUAUCUAUUAACACUUAAACGUUAUGUGCGUAAUCGUGCGCGUCCUGAGGCCUCAAUUGCUAAAGGGUACUUGAUGGAAGAAUGCAUGAAUUUUUGCGCACUGUACUUAAAUGAAGUGGAAACGAAACUUCAUAGACCAGCUCGUAAUGAUGAUGGUGGUAGUGACUUUGGUCGUCCUAUAACUAAAGGAGUUAAAAUACGGCUUGAUGAUAUUACAUGGACACAAGCACAUAGCCAACACCUUGAAAUACUUGCGCGGGAAAUGCCUCGAAGAGCAAAUCAUUAUAUUAGAAAAGUCCACAAUGAGACCUUUCACAUAUGGUUUAAAACUUAUGUUCAGACACAAAUGCAAACCACCAAUGCUGUAUUCUCUGAAGAAAUUAUCAAUUUGGCUAAUGGUCCAGAUCAAUUUGCACGAAGAUUCAAGGGAUAUGUAAUCAAUGGCUCCAAAUUUCGUACGAAAGAAAGUGAAAAAAAUAGAACCACUCAAAAUUCUGGGGUUGUUUUGAAAGCAGACACUAUGAGUUAUGCAAGUGCUAGGGACAAUAAUCCUCGCUUAGGUGAUGUCAUCUUUUAUGGUGUGUUGACAGAUGUGGUUGAGAUUCGAUAUACCAAUGCCAUGAAAUUUGUUUUGUUCAAGUGUGAUUGGGUUAAUGGUCUUGGUGGAGUGAAAGAAGAUGAGUUUAAAUUCACGUUAGUGAAUUUUAAUCAUUUGUUAUACAGAGAUAAUGCAAUAGGGGAUGAGCCUUUCAUCUUAGCACAACAGGCAAAGCAAGUUUGUUAUGUACAGGACCCAGUGGAUCCAAAUUGGCAUGUUGUUCUUAAUAUGACUGUUAGAGAUCUAUUUGAUAUGUAUUCAAAAGAUUCUUAUCACAGUCCGGCGAUGGUGCCUCAAGUUGAGUUAUAUGCACCCCAGCAAUUGGACGAAACUAUUUAUUUGAAUGAUGAAGAUGUUGGUUGGGUGAGGGAAGGAGUAGAUGGAACGACAGUAGACACGAAUGUUCAGAUAGAAGAAGCUGAGAUGGAAGAAUGUGACUGA